AUGUCGGAGCUGGCCUCAAUAGAGUCUAUGAGCACCGGUUCAGCUCCGCCAGAUGAGAAUGAUCAGGAGCUGGAAGCAUUUAUUAGUCCCCUCGUCAUCGGUGAAUCAAAGCUUCAUACUCUGGCUUAUCAAUUCUCCACCGUCUACAAGGACCUAGCACAACGAUCUGAUCAGCAAUUUCUGCCUACACCAGUCACCAGUCUUCCAUCUGGGCGGGAAACCGGGCAAUUUCUAGCCAUUGACGUGGGAGGAACCAAUUUGCGGGUAGCGUUUAUCGAAUUGUUGGGCGAGGCUGCAGAUGACAAUGAUCAGUCACCCAAUGCAACAGAGAAACCUCGCGAAACGAUCAAAAAGGCCCAAAUACCAAGGGUGAGGAGAAUCCUAGAGAAAGCAUGGCCUAUUGGGGAGCAUCUGAAGAUGGACAAGGCUGAGGAUCUAUUUUCAUGGAUUGGUGAUUGUAUUGCAGAGGUUGUCUCGGACCGCUUGAGCUCUGAUAACUAUAAGCUGAGGGCUCCUGAGGAGUUGGUCAUGGGUAUUACGUUCAGCUUCCCAAUGAUGCAAGACACCCUCUCUGCUGCCACACUUAUGCCGAUGGGCAAAGGCUUUGCCAUUACAUCGGAUCUGAAUCUUGCACCACUUCUUCUCGCUGGCUACGCUCGGCACACUCGACGCCAAUCACUCUCCGAGACCUCCCCACGCUCGAAGCGUAGACGACUCGGGCCCCUACCGCGGCUGAAAAUCGCAGCAAUCACCAAUGACACGGUAGCUACACUAGCGUCGUUGGCCUAUAGCGUGAAAUCACUCCCAAACUCUCGUGUCGCUGCUGGUAUAAUCGUUGGAACGGGCUGUAAUGCCACCAUUCCAAUGAAGCUGAGCGAUCUAGCCGAGAGCAAGGCCAAAGGUAUUAUCGCCCAUGAUCCAAAAGCAACCGAGACGGUGGUCAACACUGAGAUCACCAUUUCUGGUGCAUGCGGCCCACUCGAGCCUGACUCAACCAAAUGGGACCGUCAAUUAGAUGCUGCCUGCGCAAGACCAGGCUUCCAACCGCUUGAGUACAUGACUGGAGGCAGAUAUAUCGGCGAGUUGAUCAGAACGGUCUUCUUCGACUACAUGACCACGACCCACAGUCCGCCAAUUCCUGCGUCAUCAUUACCAGCAACUAUUGUCCACAGCUACAGCUUCUCCACCACGUUUGUCAGCGCUGUCGUUGCAAGAGCUAGGUCAGAUGGUGAGCUAGCAGCAGAACUCAAGAGAAGGAUACCACCCCCGGAAAGCUCAAACUGGGCAUGGUCCCCACACAGUGCUGGUGCGCUCCGCAAAAUCGCAAACCUAGUGCAGGUACGAUCAGCUGGGCUCAUUGCAGCUGCAACCAUUGGUCUUCUUGCAACAGUUGGCGAGAUUGCCCUUUCCGACCCCUCAGCUCCAUCCUCUAUUGCACCGGAGGACAAGGAAAGGGUCGAAAACAACAGCGAAACCAGAUCUGCAAAGGCCGAGGCCAUGCCUUCCAAGCUUCCACGCCGUCGAUCCCGGAACGGCUUGUCACCUGCCCCUGGUGUGACCGCAUGGCAAUCCGGCCCUGAGGAACUGGUAAUUGCAUACACGGGUGGCAUCAUUCAGCACUACCCUAACUUUAAGGAACAAUGUCAGCGAUUUAUUGAUCGUCUGGUGAUGCGAGCCGGCCCGCAAGACGGCGGAAAGAGUGUAUUUUUGAGGGAAGCGCGGGACGGGGGCAUUAUCGGCGCUGGAGUUUUGGCUGGGAUGGAAACAGCGCGGGUUACUCACUGCGACCGAGCGGCGCUACAGCAAGUUCCGACCCUCUUGCUAUUGAUUAUCCAGAUGAGUUCGUUAGUAUAUGUGGUGGAGGAUCUAGUGGCUCUCGCCAAACGACAAAAUGGGCAGCAGAAUGGCAAACCGACAGAUCCCGACGGUCUCGUCCUCGAAGCAUGGGCUCAAGGUUUCAUGGUCGGAGCUCUGAUUAUCAUGAGCUGUAUCACGCUUGCAAACAUGCGAAGAGGUGUUCUGCUACACAAGCUCAUUCUGAUCGAGCUCAUAUUCGGCGUGUGGCACGGCUUCUUCAUAUUCUUUGAUAGUCCUAUCUACAACUGGUGGCUAUCCGUCAGCGCCAUCUUUCUCAACGCUUCGUGGUCCCUGCAUAAUGUCAUCGCAUGGCUCAAGAACAAACCCUUCCUCUCCCGCCGCGUGUCGCUGAUCUACAUUGGAACCGUAAUUCUUGUACAGCCGUACUGGGUCUUGGAGAUCUAUGCGAACUUCACCUACUUUCACAACAUCAAUACUAUAUUUCUCAAGACGCGACCAGUGGAAGCUUUGUUUCGUGAUCCAUGGUGGAUUUUUACCACCAUUUCACUAUUCUACAAUAUCAAAACUCGAUACGAUCUAUCGAUACCACAGAUUGUACGCCUUUCACCGCGGUUCGCUGUCAUGUUGGGAGCCAUGGUCCUAUCGAUUUGUUUUCUCGUUGUUGAUAUUUGUUCUGUUACAGGCAGGUUGGCUUCCAGUCUCCCAGUGGGAAUCAACCCGUUCUGGAAGCUUUCAUUUGUAUUCAAGUGUCUUACCGAUUCCGUUGUUCUUGACGACUUCAAGACAGCUUUGGACCGACUUCGCGCGUUCAAAAUCUCUCGUCUUGGCUCCUUCGCCCUCGACAACGCAGAGAACGGUCGAGUCCUGCCAACUGAUCCUGCCAACGGCUGGCCUGGAUCGCACGCACGCAGCAAGCCGGAGACGUCUGUACCAUCAUCCCCUGAUGGUGACGAGUUGUCCCAGCAAAGAACAUGGCCAGCCGGAAAGCAAGAUCCUAACCAUCCCGAGGGUUCAAACCGGCAGAGUCGAGAAAACCGGGAAAUUUCGCCGAUUAGGGAGAGCUCCAGCGGCACCGGGGUCGCCAGAAAUGAUAGUGGGUCGCCUAUACUACGGCCUCAAUCUAGUUGGCUUCGCGACUCGGGUGAGGGUGACUACGCACAAGCUGUCCGAGAUGUCACGCGAUCCAGCCAGAGCGAGCCUUCUCACACAGAGCGAGAUGCCGCGCUUGGGAGGGCAAAAUGA